AUGGCCGACUUUGAACAACUCGAAACACGCAGGCUAGAAUUGGAAGAGAAUGUGGCAAAGCUACGCAAGUCUUUGCAACACUGGCGAACAUGGGACGCCGAGUAUGAAGGCUUGAAGGAGGAGCUUUCAUCUGGUGUCAAUGUCCAAUCUGAAAAGGAUUGCACGCGCAUAAGCGAAAAAUUUGGAGGAGAGCUUGUGAAUGAGAAAGAAAUCUUUGAUCUGUUUGGAGUUGGAAAAGGGCCAAUUCGCCAUCCGAUAGAAGUCAGCCGGCUCGUUGACAGGCGUCUGGAUUAUGUACAACAGAACGUGUCGACAAUUUCCAAGCAAGUGGAAAAGAUCGAAGGCCAAUUGUCCGAAGUUCUGGAGGAGAUGGACAGAGAAGAUGACGCCUCUUUGGAACCUGGACUGCCCAUUACUGAGAUUCUGGAGGAAUUGGAUGAAGACGGAAAUGUUAUAUCAAGCAAAGUCACACAGCCGGAACAGCAAACAGCACAGAUUGUCGAGACUCUGCGUAAAGCCGGACUAAAAGACAUGGGUCCCAAGUCAAAGGACGGAGUUACAAACAAAUCCUCGACGCCUGAGGUCCCUGAGAAGCCUAAGGUUGCCUCAGAAGACAAGAAACAAGAUACGUCAAAAGCCACAGAAGAUGCUCCCAAGCCUACCAAAAAAGGGGUGAGCUUCGCAGAGGAGGUCCAAGAAAGAGAAAUUCCGUCACGCGCCGAUAAUGCCAAUGCCAGCAGAUCGUCUGGAGUCAACCCUUCCUUAUUCAACGGCACUUUCGCCAAUGGUGAGCGUGUCAUCGAGUUGGACGACGAUGACGAUAUCAUCGGGACCCAAGCAGUCAUUCCCGAAGACGAGUCACCUGAAGAUGCGAGACUGCGAAGAGAAAUGCUCCAAUACAACCUGAAUGAAGUUGGCCAAGUGGUAGCCGAAUUGGACCUGGAUGAAAAUCUCUCAGAAUUCGAAGACGACGAUGACUAUUUCGAUGACGAUUACGAUAGCGAGAUGUCAGAGGAAGAAGACGAGCAUGGAAGAUCGAUUCGCCCAGGAGUCAGCAAGAGCUACAGAGAUCAGAUGCGGGAGCUGGAGGAAUCGCUUCGCUCGAGAGUUAUUGGAAACCUUGGACCUAAUCUUGAGGAGGUGGAUCCUGUUUACGAUCCUGAAGGACUUCGCCGCCUUGUGAUUCGUGGUGAAGAGGGAGCUUCGGAUGAGAACGUCAAGCCAGCAAUCUCGAAGGGCAAAGAGGCAGUCAAACCAGACGCAUCUGCAAAGAAAGGCGUCAGAUUCUCGGAAGAGUUGGACGUGCAAGAAGCACCGAAGUCUGAAGUUGCUGCUCCUUCCAAGCCACGCACUACACCCAUCGCAGAUGUUGUCGAGCGAGCACCUUCCAAAGCUCAAGCUCCUUCCCAGCCAACGAAACCCGCCAAAAUCUCUCGAUUCAAGCAAAACAGAGCCACUGCUGCCGAUGAGACAGUUCAAGCCGAGUCUGCGCCAGAUCAAGACUCUGGCUCAGUCAUGUCAGACAAGAUUGUCGAACAUCCCUCUGCUCCAUCGACCAACGCACGCGCUCCUGAAGAGGUAGACGAACUCGACCCGGAACUACAAGAACGUCAACUUGCAUCUGAGUACUAUCGCCUACGCAACAACAUCAUCCGCCAACAGGGCGGUUUCAAGGAGACAGAGGAAGAAAGGGACGAUCCCUUGAUGGAGCAGUUCCCUGAUGGCAAGAUGAAGAAGGUGAGUAGAUUCAAGGCUGCCAGGAUGAAGUUUUAG